CGAGCUGGUAUUUUUCCACCCAGCAGGAUGGGUGAUGCUAAAUGCUCCCUCAUUAGACAACAGACACGAGAGGUCAGGAAGAAACCGCUUAUAAAUUACCGUUUCCUCCCUCGCAGCCCGGCUACUUGGACUGCGACAAGGAGCAGGACGCACGCUCCCGGCUCGCAGCGCUCUCAGACGCCGGUUCCUUGACAAAAGCAGCGGCGGCAGCAGCAGCAGCAGCGGCGGCGGCGACGGCGGCAGCGGCAGCACCAGCCACGGCGGCAGCGGCGGCAGCGGCAGGUAGCAUUGUCGCGGCUGCUGGAACCCGGGCGCGGGGAGGACGAGCCGAAGGAAGUAGGAAGAAAAAGAAAACUAUCCAUUCUGAAGACACUUUUAAAUAAGUCGAAAUGGCAACCAAGGAAAAGCUGCAGUGUUUGAAAGAUUUUCACAAGGACAUCUUGAAGCCUUCCCCUGGCAAGAGCCCGGGAACCCGGCCUGAGGAUGAGGCAGAAGGGAAGCAACCACAGAGGGAAAAGUGGUCAAGCAAGGUUGAUUUUCUGCUGUCCGUGGCGGGUGGUUUUAUCGGCUUAGGUAACGUCUGGCGUUUCCCGUAUCUCUGCUAUAAAAAUGGCGGAGGUGCUUUUCUUAUACCUUACUUCAUUUUCCUGUUUGGAGGCGGCUUGCCUGUGUUUUUCCUGGAGGUUGUUAUAGGCCAGUAUACCUCUGAAGGUGGAAUUACUUGCUGGGAAAAGCUAUGCCCUAUUUUUAGUGGAAUUGGUUAUGCCUCCAUUGUGAUCGUCUCCCUUCUGAACGUGUACUACAUCGUCAUCUUGGCAUGGGCGGUCUACUACCUGUUUAACUCAUUUCAGAAAGAUUUGCCCUGGUCCCUCUGCCAUCAGAAGUGGAACACCCCAGAUUGCUUGGAAGACAACCUGAGAAAGAACAAGACGUUAAUGUCCCUCAAUAAUACAAACUACACUUCACCUGUCACGGAAUAUUGGGAGCGAAACGUGUUGAGCCUGUCCAAGGGAAUUGAUCAUGUUGGUGUUCUGAAGUGGGACCUGGCACUCUGCCUCCUCUUAGUCUGGAUAAUUUGUUUCUUCUGCAUUUGGAAAGGAAUCAAGUCAACUGGGAAAGUUGUAUACUUCACAGCCACAUUCCCCUUCCUCAUGCUUUUCGUGCUGUUACUACGUGGAAUCACCCUUCCUGGAGCUGCGUCUGGCAUCAAGUUUUAUCUGUAUCCUGAUGUCUCCCGUUUGGUAGAUCCACAGGUCUGGAUUGAUGCUGGGACCCAAAUCUUCUUUUCCUAUGCUAUCUGCUUGGGGGCAAUGAUCUCACUGGGGAGCUAUAACAACUACAAAUACAACUGCUACAGGGACUGUAUGCUGCUGGGAUGCCUGAACAGUGGUACCAGUUUUGUGUCUGGCUUCGCAAUUUUUUCCGUCCUGGGCUUCAUGGCACAAGAACAAGGGGUGGACAUUGCAGAUGUGGCCGAGUCAGGUCCAGGCUUGGCCUUCAUUGCCUACCCGAAAGCUGUGUCGUUGAUGCCGCUGCCCACGUUUUGGGCCAUUCUAUUUUUUAUUAUGCUUCUGUUGCUUGGACUGGAUAGCCAGUUUGUUGAAGUUGAAGGACUGAUCACAUCAUUGGUUGAUCUGUACCCAUCCUUCCUAAGGAAGGGUUACCGACGGGAAAUCUUCAUUGCUAUAGUGUGUAUCAUUAGCUACUUUCUGGGCCUUACUAUGGUGACUGAAGGUGGCAUGUAUGUGUUUCAACUCUUUGACUACUAUGCAGCUAGCGGUGUAUGCCUCUUGUGGGUUGCAUUCUUUGAAUGUAUUGCUAUUGCCUGGGUAUUUGGCGCUGAUCGUCUUUAUGAUCGCAUAGAGGAGAUGAUUGGAUAUAGACCUAGCCCCUGGAUGAAAUGGAGCUGGUGCGCCAUCACACCAAUUCUCUGCGCUGGAUGCUUCAUUUUCUCUCUGGUUGAACAUACACCACUCACCUACAACAAGGUGUACAUCUACCCUGACUGGGCCAUUGGCUUAGGCUGGGGCUUAGCCCUCUCUUCCAUGUUAUGCAUCCCUGGCAUGGUGGUUGUCCGACUUGCCCAGUCACGUGGAUCACUCAUUGAGAGGUUGAAGGCAGCGACUGUCCCUAAGCAUGUACAUCGGUGGCACCAUGAGCCUGAGGGGUCCACACCAUUCUGUUCCAGGGACAACUCUAAUGGCAACCUCAUGAAACCCACCCAUAUCAUUGUGGAGACCAUGAUGUGAGCUCUCUCUGUGAGAGGAGAAACCUGCUUUAACUGCCGUUUACUAACCUUAGAUUCUCAUAGUACCAGGUUUACAGAGCUUUAUAUUUGCACUAGGAUUGGAUUUUUUUUCCUUGUUUGUUUUUUCAUUCUCACAGAGAAAGUUAUUUUUCAUGUGUGCGCACGUGUGUGUGUUGUAUUUUUUUUAAAAACUAUUUUAUAAGGUAACCACAUGCAGACGUCUCCAAGAAGACUGAGCUUUCAUAUCAAAUUAGAUGUUGUAUUACAGGAAUUUAGUCAUUUUUUAUACCUAGCUAUGAUUAUACACCUUUACCACUUGAAUCGAUCUUCUUGCCAGCAAUAUAUUCAGUUUCUAAAGCAAUCUCUAGGUGCUGGUGUGGUUGAGUCAUGCACAAGAGCUCUGGGCUAAAAUUUGUCCCAAAGAGCAAAAUAAAACGCUAUUCUGAGCAUUUCAAAGGUGUAGUACCUUCUGAGUGUGGUUCAGGCAAGAACAAAAAUGGCAGGUGGAGAGGACCUGGCCAGCCGGCCACGUCAGCCAUUGUUGGCCAAGGCCACAUUGGCCAGGGCCACAUCAGAAGGAGCCAAGGAGGCGUUGGAAGUAAAGCCAAUAAAAGGUUGAAUGUUAGAGCUUCAUUAUCCUUGUAUUUGUAGCUGAGUACAGAGAUGCACACACACACACACACACACACACACACACACACACACACACAGACCUCCAGCCCCAACAAAAACAGCAAAAGAAAUGAACUUGUCUUGGAGUUCACAGCAGAAGUAGUGUCACUGAAGACUUUCUAAGGGUAGUAAGAAUCUCUGUUUCAGCUAUAUUUUUAAAUAAAGUCAAAAAGGAACCAUAACCUAGACUUUUGGAAAUUUUCAUUAAUAGAAAAUAUACUCUAUGGUUUCAAAGAAUUGAAUUGAAUAUAGUGAUCAUGCUUUGAAAUUAGAAACCAUUAAAGGCAUUGUAGUCUUCUGAUAUUUACUAUAACUCAUCAGUGGCAAAGAUUUUCCCCUCACUUGAGUUCUGCUUAACAAGCCAUUUUGCUAGAUUGGCUCCUCCUUCCAUCCUGAUGGAACCAGCCUUCCUGGCUGGGCUAGGGGAGAAAGGAUAGCAAGUGGCAGGGACUAGAACUCUUGGGGUUUUGGUGGCAACUGUCAGGCUGACCCACUUAUAAUUUUCAGGCUAUUCUAGAAUUGCUCGUCCAUAUUCAGCCUUGACAUUCAAGUAAUUGUCUUUCUUCUAGUGUGCUUAGGUUUCAGGAAGCCCUAGGGAAGAGGAGGGGGUGGUUUUGCUAAAUCAUUGGGGACCACCUCGCUUCUUGAAGGGUUUUGUCUCAGCUGCAGGGUCCAGAUCUGCUUCCAUACCAUCCCAUUUAUUCUUGUUGUUGUUAAAUUUGUUUUUACUUUUUUUUAAUGGAAAUAUACCUGGUUCUUGACAUUCCUAAAAAAUCAUAAAUCUCUAACCCGCCAUUACGGUGUGGCUUUCUUAAACCAAACCAUGCAUUUGAUGAGUCACAUGGAUGCAGGGAUGAUGGAGAAGAGUGCGAGUGGACCAAAGGAAGUAUGAUAUGUGCAUUUGGGACCUUCCUUGGGUUGGGAGGUUUUGAGUGGGGUUUUGGGGAUAUGGCAGUCACUAAAAGCCAAUGUGCUGUUACUCUUUCUAGCAUUUCCCUGUCUUAUUUCAUCCUCUUCCUCUUUCCACCUCCAAGUAUUUGUUUAAAAGACUUGGAAAUAGAAGCCUCUCAGCAGAAUCUGUAACUAAGUCUUCUUGGAGUUUGGAGGAGGGGAAGGCAGCUGCCGUAUGCCCCAGUGAUUAGUAAGACACUUUGGCAUAGUCAUUUCCUUACCUCCUGGUUGUUUGGGUUAUUCAUUGGACACCCACCAAAAUCUAGCCACAGCCAGUGGCCACCAAAAUCUAGCCACAGCCAGAAGGCAGUGUGUUGCAACUCAGUCUUCUAAGCAGCAGUGCUAAAAGAAUCUUUCUAAGAAGUAGCCUCCUGGUUUGCCUGUGCUCCUGGCCCUACCCAGUCCCAGAGAAAAUGGAAUGUCAUAGGGGGUAACCAUGAUCCAUUUCACAGCUACAGAAGAGGACUUGGGAGCAGGCAUCCAGCCUAAAUUCCCAUCCUAAAGUGAAAGUCCUUGGUAGCCUUAGGUAGAUGCUACAGUAGCAAAACGCUAAUUUUUAUGAUGUGUUAUUUAGACGUACACUACAUAGCAAGAUAGUGGAUGGAAAGAAGUGGGAGAGGGGGAAAGAGAAGAACCGAGGAUUGGGAGAAUGAAAAAAAAAUUUUUUUGCAUUAAGAUUUUCAGUGGAGCCAAUACCUGCAAGAUGAUAUUUCCCCAACCCCCUCCGGGGUGAAUAAUUGUGUUCCACUAUGAACCAAAAGAGAUGGUACUACACCUUUAAAAUCAUCACUAAGGAGACACCAGCCCCAUUUCUAACUUGAACUGUGCCAUUCAAAUCAAUUUCUUCCAAGUUCAGAGUAUAUUACCAAAAAAAAAUUCUUAAGUGUCACACACAUAUGCAAUGACCUCAUUGUAUGAAAUUAAGUGUUUUUGUUUUUGUUUCUGUUUUUCCUGGGAUAAGGUACUCUGGCCCUGGUAGCAGAGUCCAGCCUGACUUUGAGACAAGGCUGGAUUCUCAGAAAGCAGGAUCUCACUAAGAAAACCUGCCCCCCAUCCCUGACUCCAGAUGCAGAUAGCUGUUUGGAGCAUGUUCUGUUGGAGGGGUGCUCAAGGAGGGAGGGCAGUGCUUUUCAAAUACUUUUAUCUGUUUUAAAUGUCACCCAUUAAAAAUUUACCCACCCUCCCAAAA